AAUGUCUCAAGAAAAUCUCAAAAUUUUGGUAGAAGAUAACAAGCAGCCUUGGGAAAGAGAGAUCCAGUGGGACUCUCCUAGUCACAAGACUUCUAAGUUUCUGAGAUUAUGCAAGGAGCAUGGUGCUCCUUUGAUAUUCUUAGCUAAUAAUAAAGUUGUUUGUGAGCACUGUUCUGAAAGCCCUAAAAUCGAUCUGAAAUAAACAAGUCUUUCAGCUGUUAAAGGAUCUUGAGCAUAAUGUUUACCAGUACAAUAUUGCCAUUUCAAACGCUAGUAAACUUAGAACUGUAGAUCUCAGGGAGAACAUCCUAGAAGACAUCCAUCAAUACUUCAUUGAAGUUAGGUCUGUAACAGAUAAAAUUGAGCAAGAGAAAAUAAACGAGGUGGAGCAUAUCUUCAAAACUUUGGAGUUCUCAAAACUUGAUGAUCUCCAGGAGUUCUAUGAGCUCCAGAAUACUGGUGAGAAAGCUCUCGAGACCGUGAAGGAGAUGUUCAGAAAUCUUGCUCUGGCUAAUGUAUACAACUAUAGGAUCUCUUACAACGGCAUUAUAGAUCAUAUUUCAGAAAUGACUGAGUUUUUGAAGAACACUACGAAGGUUUAUCAUGAAAAGUGAAAUACACUAUUUCGUAUCCAGAAAGAUCAGAAUUGCAUUAAUAAUGGAAUCAAGAAAGCAAUUGAUGCAAUGUGUCAAAGCUUUGGCUCACUUGCUAAGCCAAAGGAAGAAAUAGAUUCCCAAAUGAGAGACUUAUGCAAAGCCGCUAAUAUGGAUUACUUGGUUAUUGAGAAGAUCAAUAAAAAUACAGAUAUGAUGUCUCCUGCUGAACAGGAGACUGUAUUUAAUAGUCUGAAUGCAAUUAAGGUGCAGACUAAAGAUCUUAUUUUGAAUCACUCAGGGCUGAGCAAUUAUGGAAUUGAGGUUAUUUGUGAGUCACUGAAGAACUCAGAUCAUGUCCAUAGGCUAGACCUCAGUUAUAUUUCCAACCCAAUCGAUUCUUCAGGAAGUAAAGCGAUUUCAGAAAUGCUUAAGGCAAAUUUAUAUUUGAAAUCCCUCAACCUUGCUGGGUGUGGAAUUAAAGAUAAAACAUUAAUGACCUUGUGAGAAGGGAUAAACUAUAACAGAACACUUGAGAUAUUGAUACUUGAUAAGAAUGAGAUCACUACAAUAGGUUUAAAAUCCCUCUUGUCGAUCUUAUCGAAUGAGAAAAGAGAUCAGAAUUUAGUUUUACUAGACAUAGGCAACAAUUACAUAGAUGAUAUUGGAGCAAAGGCAAUUGCUGAGAUGCUCAAAGUGAAUCACAAAUUAUCAAAACUUUACCUCCAUUUCAACGAGCUUUCUAAUAAAGGACUGAUUGCAAUCAGUCAUGCGCUUGAAGAGAACCUUGCUCUGGAGCAAUGCUAUGUUUACGGGAACUCUAUUACUGAAGAGAUACAAAUAUUGGCUAAAAUUAAGCACAAGAAUAGGAUUCUGAUGAAAGAUACUUUGCUAUAA